AUGGCUAAGUGAGUCAAACCUUUUCUAUUAGGGGGUAGCAACACUCCUCCAUUUUACAGAGCUAUCUAUUUCAUGUAGGCCUAUAUGUUAUAACCUUCCUUGCUGGUAUCUUCUAAAUGGAGCAGAAUAAGGAAAGGUCUCUAACAAAAACGUCAUUUUAAGAGCUCAGAGGACUGCUGACUAUAACAGCAGGAAGCUCACACCGGAAAUAACUUGGGUCCUAUCCGACACUGAGCACAUGCAUAUUAAUAACAUGAAGUGUUACCAUUCACAAAGGAUUUGUCAAUUUAUCAGUGGCAGUAGGCUUACAUCAGACUUUUCAUCUCCCAUGAGAAAAACUCCAUUGAGCAGUGUUUCUUCCAUAGGUUUUUACAGCAUUGGUUGCCAUAAGGUGCUAGGGCAGUCAAGGCUGCAGCUUUGACUUGAGCAUCUGUGAAUAUCACAAGCACUAUGUGAUGCAUGGUCACUCAUGCAGGGGGGCUUACAACCCAAGUCAAAUCCAGUUGGUUAGGUAAUACAAUGCUCAAGAGUUAAUUCCUCAAUCUGCUCUUAUAAGACGAGAUAUGACCAUGACUUAUAGCCCCAGCCAUCAGUAUGGCCCGACAAACACAUAUAUAAACUCAGGAUUAGGAAACAUUUUGGACAAAACAUGUCAGUUAUCAUCAUUUAGUAUAAAUAAUAUGUUUAUAUCAGGUUGUGUCAUUAUCAAUUACACACCUUCACACGUUUUAUAAACUGUUGAUUGAUCAUUUGUCUUUCAAUCAACCUUAGAUUUUUCACUACUUGAAAUGAACCUUGUGUGUUUUAUCCUUUCAGAAUGUGCCACUACAGUGAAAUACUGCUGAGUUUGACUGUUUAGUUUUUCUUUGAUCUUUCCUCAGGUUAUACAAGAAAAUCUCUAGGAAUGGGACAGUAAGUGAAAACCUUUUCCGUCUCUCUAAUAAUACUUGCCCCAUAGAAAUGGAGACCAUCACCUAUUAAUGAUGAAUGUAAAAGAGCUCCAGUUACAUUCUGUGUGACCAAUGUUUUCUUCCUAUCUUCAGCUUACCCUUUACCUUGGAAAGAGAAACUAUGUCGACCAUGUUCAGAAUGUGGACCCUAUCGGUAAGUCUUACUUUUAUACUUUGCACUUAUGUAUCGUAUCCAGUUUAGAUAUUUGUGUGGAGGGGCAAAUCUCUAAAAUCUCUACCCAUCGUUGUUACAGAGGGAGUAGUGAAAAUUGAUCCUGCAGACCUCGCAGGCAGGAAAGGUACACUUUAUUUUACAGAGAAGUUGCUCAUGUUAGCAAUUCUAUGGAAUGAUUACACACUGGUUAAUGUUGAUCCUGUUCUCUCCAGUGUUUGUGCAGCUGGCUUGUGCCUUCCAUUAUGGUCGUGAGGACCUGGAUGUCAUUGGACUGUCUUUUAGGAAAGACAUCUGGGUCAAGCACAUCCAGUUGUACCCUGAUGCUGGCCACAAACCCACCCUCACACCCAUGCACGUCUGCCUGCUCAAGAAGACAGGAGAGCAGGGCCAUGCUUUCACUUUCGACAUUGCCACAAACCUUCCCUGCUCUGUCACAAUCCAGCCAGGACCAGAGAAUGCUGGAAAGGUAGGCCCUUGCCUUGAUAACAGUUUUUACCCCAGAUAGAUUGAAUUCCAUGAUUGAUUAUAUUUACAUUGACCUUUUGUGUACACCUAGGCUUGCGGUGUGGACUUUGAAGUCAAGACUUACAUUGCAACUGAGGCAGACCCCGAGAAAGAGAAACUUGAUAAGAAGUGAGUGGCUAUCCAAAUCCUUGUGUUGUUUAUUGAAAUAUUUACACACAUAAGAAAUUCUCUACAUGUAAAAACAAUUGUUUCUUUCUGACCCUCUUUUUUCCUCUCUCCCUCCCUUCUUCUCUUUGCUACUUUUCCCUCCUUCCUUGUAGAGACACUGCCCGCAUGAUCGUCCGUAAGAUCCAGUUUGCCCCAGAUGCGACUGGUGCUCCUGGGCCCAAGGCUGACAUCUGCAAGAGCUUCAUGAUGUCUGACAAGCCUAUCCACCUAGAGGCCUCUCUGGAAAAGGAGGUGAGUUACACAGAAGGCCUCACUGGCUUCUACAGCGCAUCUACUGUAGCAACUGUAUUGGAAUACAUAAUCAAAAGGGGAUGUAGACAAUUUUGUCUUGUAUUGAUGUCAGAUCUACUACCAUGGAGAUCCGAUCAAUGUCAACGUCAAAGUCAAAAACGAAACCGCCAAAACAGUGAAAAAAAUUACAAUCACAGGUAAGUCUAUCACCACUGACUAUGAAUGUUAGAACUAAAAUACUAUACUUCAUUUGGUAACAGCGGGCUCUUUCCUUCAGUUGAGCAGACUACAGACGUGGUGCUCUACUCCGCAGACAAAUACACUAAAACCAUACUUUCUCAAGACUUUGGGUGAGUAGACAGAAACCCACCCUCAGACAACGUCCCUCUCCUCCUCAUCUUCUAUGGAGUGCUCUUCUCCCGAUGCUCUGAGUACUAACAUCUCCAACCUUCUCUUAGGACAAUAGAUGCCAAUAGCACAUUCGAUAAAUCCCUUGCCAUCACCCCCCUACUGGCCGACAACAAGGAGAAGCGCGGUCUGGCGCUGGACGGCAGACUGAAGGAUGAGGACACAAACCUGGCCUCCAACACUAUGUGACUAGCACUUCCAUUAUUAUCACAUUCAAAUCUAGACUGGAACAACCUGAGUCCUUCUCUCACCAUCUUCUCCUUUUCCCCCAUUAGGAUUAGAGCCGGUAUGGAUAAGGAAGUGUUGGGAAUCUUGGUCUCCUACAAAAUCAAGGUCAACUUGAUGGUCUCUUCAGGAGGGUAAGGGUUAGCUUAAAAGUUGUCAUGUUUUUUAUUGAAUUUGAGGAAAAUAAUACAUACUAAUCUGCUAUGUUCUUUAACCCCAUUCAGCUUGUUGGGAGGUCUCACAGCCAGUGACGUGCAGGUGGAGCUCCCCCUGAUCCUCAUGCAUCCCAAACCCCAG